CUGACAUUUGUCAUUUUUUUGACAUAGCAUGUGAAUUCAAGUCGAAUUUCAUCAUAAAUCACAGGUCAUGGUUGUGUUUUGUCCUUUUUGUGGUAAUUUGCUGUUUGCUCAAGAAAUUUGUGGGAGAAUAAGUUUUUCGUGUCGAAUUUGCCCGGUGUCGUUUCCCAUUCGUGGAAAAAUUUCGCACCGCACGUACUAUCAAGUGAAGUCGGUUGAUGACGUUCUUGGUGGCGAAGAUGCGUGGAAAAAUUGCGACGUAACUGCGGAAACGUGUCCAGAAUGCAGCUGCCCCCGAGCCUACUUCCUGCAAAUUCAAACUCGUUCUGCUGACGAGCCGAUGACCAAUUUCUACCGCUGUUGCAACCCCGAAUGCGCCCACAAUUGGCGAGAAUAGGCGAUGCGUUUUUUCA